UCAGUAGUAUCUGUUUGAAAAGUCAGAAAUCCAGAAGUUUCAUCAUUUCUUUGAGUUUAUCUCAGUUAAAGUUUUGCUUUAAAAUUUUCUCUUCAUUUAAAUGGCAUCAAUUUAACGCAACAUGCAGACAUUAAGGUAGUGAUAAUAGGUCAGUGGAAUAUGACCAUUUAUGUCUUCAGGAACAAUAAUCUCUGGUCAACAUUGAAGCCACAUGAACAGAGUAAUUAUUGAAAUUCCUUGAGCUCCAUUUUUUCUAUAGUUUUAAAGUGCUUAUAAGAAAAUAUGGACAUGUAUUUGUCUUCAAAAUAUUACUUUUAGUACAAGUACGUUGUAAGUAAAACGUCAGUGCCAGCUAUUCCUGACGCCAAGCGGCAGGGGGAGCUGUUGUAAUAAAUGACAAUUAGUUUUGUUUUGGUAUUUACUUUGUUAAACGCUGUAAAUCACAUGUUUUUGAUCAGACUGGAGCUCUGCUGUGUUUUGGAAAAUAUAUAUAUAUUAUAAAUGAUUUUAUAUCUAAACCCUUUUGAAGGUGGUCUCACGACAGAAUUUUUUUUUACUACUUCCGGUUUUCCAGUCGGACGUAUUUGCAUAAACAGCAGCAGAAAGAGGAAGGAAGAAGAAGAAGAAGCUGCAGGAGCGGCAUAUUUAUAAUAACACCGGGAUAGUGGGAGCAGAAAGAGUUGAUUCUUAGCAGCAGCAACUCUGAUAAACUUUCACUCCGAACUAUUCAACACACGAAGAAGAAGGAGCCUGUAAGACUGAACUCAGGACAAAUUUACCCGCUCAUCAGCUGAUUUCUGCGAGAAAGCCACCAAGAAGGAGAAGGGGAACCGCCGGGUGUUCAGAGUCCCAGGGAACCUCGGCAGGAUGCUGGAGCAGCAGGCCGACCGGGUCAUGGAGCUGUCGGAGUGGAGCCAGCGCUGGCAGGAGAACAAGAUCGGCUUCCAUCAGCCGGAGGUCCACAGCAUGCUGCAGAUGAACUACGAGGCGGUGGUGAACGGACGGAGCGGCGUCCGGUGGUUCUUCCCUCUGUGUGGGAAAGCUGUGGACAUGAAGUGGUUGGCGGAUCUGGGUCACUCGGUGGUCGGCGUGGAGUUUUCAGAGAUGGCCAUCAGACAGUUCUUCCAGGAGAACAACAUGACGUUCAGCGAGGAGGACGUCCCCGCCGUCCCCGGAGCCAAAGUCUUCCAGAACUCGGAGGGCAGCGUGUCCCUGUACCAGUGUGACCUGUUCAGCUUCUCCAGCGCCGUGGCGGGUCAGUUCGGGGCGAUCUGGGACAGAGGCUCUCUGGUGGCCAUCAACCCCCGGGACAGGGACCGGUACGCGGCUCUGAUCGUCUCUCUGAUGGCUCCAGACUGCAGAUACCUGCUGGACACGCUGCUCUACAAUCCAGAGCUCUAUAAAGGUCCUCCGUUCUUCGUCCCCGAUGAACAAGUCCAGAGUUUGUUUGGCAGCAGGUGUGACGUGAAGCUGCUGCAGUCUGUGGACGCACUGACAGACCGACAGAGGGCCUGGGGUCUGGACGCUCUGACGGAAAACGUCCACCUCCUCACCCUGAAGGCGGCGAACUGACGUCCGACCCGGUCCGACCCGGUCCACUGACCUGCUCCGGUUCUCCUGUCAGCCACGCAAUAAAGCUGCUUUUUAAACAGA